AUGGAGGAGGUGGCCGCGCUGAGCAACGUUUCUGCCGCGCCCGGCAACGGAAGCGCGGGGAGCGGGCAGGGGACGGCGCCCUCGGCACCCGCGGACCUCCAGGAGGCGGCGCGGUGGGGCUGGUCGGGGGCGGCGCUGGCCUCGCAGGGCCUGCUGCUGCUCGCCAUCUUCGCGCUUUCCACGCUGGGCAACGGCGCCGUGGUGGUGAUCAUCGCUCGGCACCGGCAGCUCCGGACAGUUACCAACGCCUUCGUGCUGUCGCUGUCGCUGUCCGAGCUCCUGGAUGCCCUUCUGUGCCUGCCCUUGGCCUUCGUCAGCCUCUUCAGCGGGCGCCCACAUGGGGCCUGGCUCUUCGGGCGCCGCCUCUGCUUGGCCAGCGCCACCCUCCACGCUGGCUUGGGCAUCGCUGCCACCCUGACGAUGGCCCUGCUCUCCUUUGACCGCUACUGUGCCAUUGUCCGCCAACCACUGCAUAAAAUGGGCCGCCGAAGAGCCUCGCAGCUCCUGGCUGCUGUGUGGUUGGCCGCCCUGGGCUUCUCAGGGCCUUGGUACCUGCUGGCCCAGGAGGAGGAGGAAGAGGAGGAGCAGCCUGUCGGUUCAGACCCCCCUACCCCCUACCAUUGUAUGUAUGUGCUGCCUUGGGGCUCUUCCCAUUUGGGGCCCCCUUAUAGUGCAACCUUGAUUGUCCUUUGCUACCUGCUGCCCUUCGCCCUCAUGUGCUUCUGCCACUACAACAUUUGCCGGGCAGUGCGGCUGAGCGAGAGCAGGGUGCGCCCACUCACCACUUAUGGGCACCUCCUGCGUUUCUAUGGUGAGAUGCGCACGGCCACCACUGUUCUAAUCAUGAUUAUCUCCAUCAUCUGCUGCUGGGGCCCUUAUUGUAUAUUAGGCUUGGCUGCUGCAACGGGACACUUCUCCUUUUCCCCCACCGUAGACACUGUGGUAAGCUGGAUGGCCUGGGCCAACGGUGCCAUUAACCCUCUCAUCUAUGCCACCCGCAACCCUAACAUUUCUCUUCUUCUUGGGCGCAACCGGGAAGGAGGCUAUCGGACUCAAAAACCUGUGGCUGCCUAUUUGGCGGCUGUUCAGGGUCAUCGGCUGGAGAGCAAGAGCCGGGCAGAACGCUAUGCCAGCUAUGGGCAUGGCAACGGCGGCAAUGUAAAGAAUACUCUGACCUGCUCCAGUCCAGGCACUGGUAGAGAAGUGGCUAUGUGGGCUUUUAAGAACCCAGCUGUUCUUUUCUGCCGUGAUGCACAACCUGGUUCAGCGUCUGAUGUGGGCUUGCCACACAAAUCAGGCAAUGUUGAUACUUGCCUUUGA